AUGGCGCCCACCGCAUCCCCCUCCGAGCGCGAGCGCGUCGGCCCGCACCCAUCCUACAUCGAAGUCGCAAAACCUUAUAUGAUGCAAUCGCGCAUCCAGAAAUGCCUUUUGGACCUGAACAUGAGCGACGCCAAAGAAGAUGCUGUGCGGCUGCAAGGUGUAGCAUGGAUCGACCAGGUGCGACGAGAACUGCAACUACCCAUUCGCACAUUCAACACGGCGGUAAUGUACUACCACAAGUUCAGGCUGCUGCACGCGGAUCACGAGUACAAUUGGGCGGAUGCGGCGGCCGCAGCACUGUUCACGGCAUGCAAGAUUGAGGACACGUUGAAGAAGAGCAGGGAGAUUCUGUGUGCCCACUGGAAUGCGAAGGUUGGACCAGGGGAAAGUCUUAGUAGCGAUGAUCCGCGAUUCGAAUCCCACUCCAAGCUCAUCAUCGGCCUCGAACGACUUAUGCUUGAGAGCGCUGGCUUCGAUUUCCGCAACCGAUAUCCGCAGAAACUCAUGGUCAAGCUGGCGAGGGCUCUGAAGUUCGAUACACACAACGAAGCAAAGACGGCCUGGAACCUGAGUAUCGACCUGUACAGAACAUUUGCGCCACUUAAACAGACGACACCUACAAUGGCGAUUGCAUGCCUAGAGCUUGCGGCGAGACUGCAUCAGAUGGACGCUGCACGCUGUGUCGAUGAGGGGGUAGUGAGAUACAGCAAAUGGGCUACUAGCAGGGCAGAGGUAAUGGAGACGCUUCUAGACCUUCUAGAUCUGUACACACACCAUCGCGGUUUAACAUCCGUGGGUCCCGCCUACACCCUCGAACACUUCAUAAACAUCCGCAUCGUCUUGAACCAAGAGGCUUCCGCAGCCAGCAUUCCUCGCUAUGCCCUUUACGACUCCGAAUCCACAUCCGAGUCACAGGCCAGCUCUAAUGGUGUCAAACCCCGCUACAACAUCGAUCCAACAAGCCCACUCACACCCGCGACACCAGGCACUGUCUCCCCCAUGACAGACCAGCCACCCAAGUCUGCGAUCGGCCAGCGUGGUCAAGACGGUACCGUCAGGUUUAUGUUGGAUAUAGCGCGUGCAAGAGAUGAACAUGCCGAGGUGGAGAGGUAUCACAAGAUCGAAGAGGAGGAGUACGAAGUUGAGGUGCCGAACGACAAUAGAAUUGACGACAGGGAGAAGGAGAGGGCAAGAGUCGGAAGAGUGCGUUGA